GCACGUAUCCGUAUGCUUCUAGAAGCCCAGGUUAAAGUGUACGUUACAGUCGUCGCCUUUCACUCCCCGCUAUAAAUACAACGACGCUUCACACGUUGUCUCUCGUAACACAGAAAUAGCCGUCCAGACAUCCUCGGAUCGGAUCGGAGAAAUUAAGAUUACUACUUACAGUAAGUAAGAAACAUGGAUUGGAUAACAAUGGUGUCGACGUUGCUGGCAUUGUUCUCUUACUUUAUCCUCAAAAUCGCAUACCAAACCCUAUCGUUCUACUGGUUAACUCCCAGACGCAUCCAGAAAACAAUGGCGAAACAAGGAGUGUGUGGCCCUCAACCGCGCUUCCUCACCGGAAACUUACCGGAAAUGGCCGCCCUCCUCAGUAAAGCCGCCGGCGGCGGCGGUGAAAUCAGCCACGACAUCGUCCCCCGCGUCCUCCCCCAUUAUCUUCUAUGGUCCAAAAUAUUCGGGAAGAGGUUCAUAUUUUGGAAUGGUGUGGAGCCGAGGAUGUGCCUGACGGAGCCGGAGAUGAUCAAGGAGCUGCUGACGAAGCACACGAUGGUGACGGGGAAGUCGUGGCAGCAGCAGCAGGGCAGCCGGCAUUUCGUCGGGCAGGGGUUGCUGAUGGCCAACGGGCAGGAUUGGUAUCACCAGCGCCACAUUGUUCAGCCGGCAUUGAUGGGGGAGAAGCUUAAGAGCUUCUACGGGUUCAUGGUGGAGUCGACGAAGACGAUUCUAGAAGCUCUGGAGAAGUCUCUGGAAACAGGGGAAACAGAGGUGGAGAUCGGCGAGUACAUGACACGGCUAACCGCCGACAUCAUUUCCAGGACGGAAUUCGACACCAAUUUUGAAAAGGGGAAGAGAAUAUUCGAGAUGCUCACAAAUCUUCAGAGCCUCGUCGCUCGAGCAAGCCGCCAUUUGUGGUUCCCUGGAAGCAGAUUUCUGCCGAGCAAGUACAACAGGGAGAUUAAAUCGAUGAAGAAGGAGGUGGAGAGGCAGCUGAUGGAGAUCAUCCAGAGCCGGAAGGACCGCGUGGAGGUCGGCCGGAGCAGUUCGUACGGAAACGAUAUGCUGGGAAUGCUGCUGGAGGAAAUGCAGAAGAAGAGAUCCGACGGAUUCAGCCUCAAUCUGCAGAUCAUAAUGGACGAGUGCAAGACCUUCUUCUUCGCCGGCCACGACACCACUGCGCGGCUCCUCACCUGGACCUUGAUGCUGCUCGCCACCAAUCCUCACUGGCAGGAAAAGGUUCGCGCCGAGGUCCAGGACCUCUGCCAUGGCGGACCGCCUUCCCUCGACCACUUGUCCAAGCUCUCUCUGUUAAACAUGGUGAUCAACGAGUCGCUCCGGUUGUAUCCGCCGGCGACGCUGCUGCCGCGGAUGGCGUUCGAGGACAUAAAGCUCGGCGAUCUGCACAUUCCGAAAGGCCUAUCGCUGUGGAUUCCGGUGAUUGCGCUCCACCACAGCAAGGAGAUUUGGGGAGACGACGCCAACGAAUUCAAUCCCCAGCGGUUCGCCUCCAGGUCCGCCGGCGCCGGCCGUCACUUCCUCCCCUUCGCCGCCGGUCCACGGAACUGCGUCGGCCAAUUAUUCGCACAGAUGGAAGCUAAGAUCAUAUUAGCCAUGCUGCUUUCCAAGUUCAGCUUCGCCAUUUCGCAAACUUACCGUCAUGCCCCUGAGCUCGUCCUCAUCCUCAGGCCCAAGUACGGCGUUCAACUUCACGUCACGAAAAUCCAGUCCCAAACCUAAUUAACGCCAAUGCAGAGGGGUAAUAUGGACUUUUCGUGGCGGUUGUUUUCAGCAGCUCCCGCGGACGGAGGUCCAGCUAUGGUUGUUUGAGGCCGUGGACCCGGAGUCCAAAGACCUGCCAAGAAUUAUUUGUAGAAAACUGCCUUUUUGAAUAAUAAUAACAAAAUACAUUUUUUUUUUCUUUUUCUU